AAAGCAUUUUACGACCCAUUAGGUCUGUUUUUAAGCAUUCGCAAAGUGAUUUCGAAUUAGGAAGCGAACAGCAAUGAAUAUUUUGUGAAGGAAUAAGUUUUAUGGAAGAAAACGACCCAAAAAAUUUUAGAGUUGUCGAAGAGUCUGAAGAUGAGAUUUACGAGAAGAUAAAAGAAUUGAGGACUUGUCUUACCGAUGCCAUCGAGGAAAAUGACCGAGAAGCCGAAGCGGACGCCUUGAGUUUUCUUGGCCUUGCCUAUUAUAAACUGGGAAAUUAUGCAACUUCGAAGGAAUACCAUGGAAAACAUCUCUCCUUAUCACAAGAAUUAAAGGAUGAAAAGGGCGAGAGAAGAGCCCAAAGUAACCUAGGAUGUUUGUAUAAAAUUACUGGUGACUUAGAAACGGCGAAAGAGCAUUUUAUUGCAGCUUUGAACAUCGCGAAGGAACGAGACGAAAAGCGACCGUUGGCAAAGAUCUAUAAUAAUCUUGGAAACAUUUAUGAGCUUGAAACGAACUACGAAGAAGCGCUUAACUGCAACAAGGAGAGGCUUGCGGUUGCCAGGGAGCUAAAUGACCAAAAUGGCAUUGGAAAGGCAUUGGCGAAUUUGGGAAAUUUAAAUCACGUGGUUGGAAAUCUUAAAGAUAGUAUCACAUAUUAUGAAGAAAUGCUCGACAUACUGAGAGCCAAGCUUAGUAAGUUUUUUAUUCAUUUCAUGAUGAAGAAUUGUAUCCAGUUCCACCGCACUCAAUUCAUACUUCAGGUGAAUCUAUUAACAAGUUAUUUGUUCCUUGCAAUUUUAUGGGGAUUGUUGUCUUCGGAUAAUUGUAGAUGUCAUUCGGCCUUUCAUUUCUUGAAUUUAUUUCAUGAGUGACAGAAAGAGACCAAUGCGACGGUCACUUUCCGCGUAAUUUUAAAAGCGAUUAAGGAUCUCAUGCAAUACUUUUUUAACCUACUUUGAGUGUUUUCCAUGCAGCACACCACACUAUUAAUUUGACGACCUUUCGUCGCUUUGAAUACUUAGAAUAAUUUCAGAACAUAAUCGAUUUAAAAGACAUAUUUAUAUCUUCUUUAUAUUCAUAUCAGGAAUCCUUGACACUCUAGCUGAAGAGGAAGAAUCAAACUCAGAAAAUGAAGACGAUUUUGUUGACAUCGAUAUGGUGGCGCUACAAGUUGCCGCGUAAGUAUCACUGGAAGAAAGAACCAAAGGGGAUAUUGAUGCGUGGGGGAAUAAGAAUUAUUUUCCAACAAAAGGGUCGUUAUUGUUUGACAAUUGCACGUGUCAUAUUUAUUUAAUGUCGGAUUAUUAUCACUGAGACACACAGACUACAUCCAGAGUUCCCUUCGACUUUCCCUGAUCAAUCGAUCAUAUGACACGUAGCGCAAGGUAGGUUUUCGGAAAACGCGCAAUUACAGAUAGAAACACCCACAUAAACGCAAGUAAGUGGGACUCAAAGGAUCUUGCAAAAGGAAAUAACGGUGGCUGGAGAGUUCCCAAUAAUCUUAUGGCACCCCCAUACCCUUCCCCCCACCCCCAACUCAUUCUUUUGUUAUCACAGCGCGAGCGAUUCAAGCCUGUCUGAAAUACACAAAGCGUGGUCAUUUUUAAGUUUCUUAAUGUAUCGAAACAAGUCUUACUACAACAAUCGAAAUAUCUCUGUAGGCACAAAUUUUGCGAGCUUCAUACGAAUUAAAAUUAUUUUGAGCUAUGCCUUUUUUUUCCCCUAUCUUCAGGGACGUAAAACAAAAAAUGGAGGAUCAAAGACGUGAGGAAGAGCAGGCGCAAGGAGCCGUCAAAAAGAAAAGAAAAUUUAAAAAUCCUUUCAAAAGGAGACCAAAAACACGUGAAGAAAAGAUUGAAGCAUGGUUAGAAAACUAACUAUGAUUUUUUUUCUCCGUAAAUUUGUAUGAGACAAAGGAAGUGAAUGCAUGAUAGUUAUCCAUCGAAAAAAAAACAUGCCAUUGAUAUCUUUUGUUGAUGAUAACGUUGGAUGAAAGUUGUAAACCUAAGCUUUUCCCACAGUAUAUGAAAACGACGAAUUUGAUAAAUUUGGAAUCAAACGUCACUUCGUUUUAAAACUGUGUGCAGAGUUUUUUAAACAAGCUGCAUAAAGCAUCUAUCGUCCAUAUUGCGCAUUGAAUAAAAAAGAGAAACGAGACCGUACCCCGUACCCUUUUCCUUCGUAAUUGACCCCCGGUAAGUUCAUGCUUCUACCCUUUGGCUUAUGAAAACAACAAACACCACCAAGUUGCUGGAUUGUCGCAGAAUAAUAUGAGUUAUUAGUUUUAUGAAUAAAAGGC